CCUCUUUCCCAGUUGGCAGAAACCCUAUACUCGCCUUUUCUCUCUUCCUCUCGUACUCCAACAAUGGAGUUUUGGGGAGCUAAAGUUAAGGCCGGCAAGACUCUCAAGGUGAAGCCUGAUGAAGACUGUCUUAUUCACAUUUCUCAGGCUUCUCUUCGUAAAUCGAGAAGGGGAGUAUCUGCCCUCUUGUAUGCCACCGUUGAUGACAAGAAACUCCUCCUUGGAACUCUCUCUCAAGACAUCAGCUUUGACCAUCUCCUCUUUGACAGAGAAUUCGAGCUCUCACACACCUUGGAGAGAGGAUCUGUCCAUUUCACUGGAUACAAAUCCAAAGUUUCCACAAAGUCCAAGCCUGCUUCAGAUGAUGAUGAUGAGGAGGCGUUUGUAGAGAUGGUCUGCUCUGCAAAACAAAUUAAGGAUUUAAUGUAUCCUAGUGAUCCAGAUGAUCUCUUACUAACAAAACAGGAUCUAGAGAAUUUGGUGCCAGAGAAAUCUACAAAGGUUCUAACGACAGCUCACUCUUAUCCUCGCGAGGAUCCCGACUUAACAGAUUCAGAUGAGGAUUUUCUUUCGCCCACACUUCUGAUUAUGAGUAAUAUCGACAUGGAUUCUACCAAAGCUGACAUUACAAAUUUCUUCAAAGAUAAUUGCAGCUUGCAAGUUCGUAUUGUUCAGCUAGUAUCGACGGUGGAUGAGGAGAGCAAGAAGACGAAGCUUGAAGCUCAUAUCGAGUUCCGGUCUAAUCAAGAAUUAAAACUUGCGAGAAAACUGAAUGGUCAUCUAAUGGGGAAGUCUCGUAUUUUCUUUGAUAGAACACUUGGCAGCUUACAUGUGUUUUUCAUCUCUGGAUUCAACCGUGAUUUGCGUGAAGAUGAUCUUAAGCGACAAAUAGAGAAAAAGUUUAAAACAUGUGGAGCACUGAAGAAGAUAAUUUUGCCUAAAGAGCAAGAAAAUUUGCUAGGGUUUGGUUACAUAACACAACAUCUGAAGAAACGGUGCUAAGCAUGGAUUCAAGUAUUAUGGGAGACGAAGCAAUCAGUGUUAAGAGUGUUAAUCCAAGAGGUAGAGUUUUUAAAGCUUUAAUGGAAUCUGAAAAUUAGAUUUAGAGUUGUUUAACUUAUGCACAACAUCACUUUGUUGUUGUUAAAACGGAAAUGAUUAUCCAUUCUUACUUGUUAAAUGGUUGGUUGAUGUAAAGAUCUUAUGUGGCUGACUUACUACACCGCUUUAUCUCCCUAAGAUCUUUUGUAAUGAAAAUUAAGUU